CCUAAUCUUGCUGCUAACAAUCUCUUGCACAAGUAUUUCAUCUCAAGCAACUAUCUUUGUCAAACAACAGACUCUGAUCAGAGCCGGGAACAAGAAUCGAACAAGAAAGAAGCUCAAGAAGAGGAGGAGGAUGAGGAGAAAGAUGUUGAGCUCACGUUAGGUCUUUCUCUUAAUGGACAGUUUGGUACGGAUCCGAGAUCGAGGAAGAGGAAGAACUCUGAAUUGGGUCGAUCUUCUUCCAUACCCCAAGGUUUCUUUUUCGUCGAUGAGCUAAGAUCCGGCGGCGGAGAUACGCAGCGUGGUGUUAAAGACAUGUUCCAGCUGGAUCGGACGCGUUCUCUGCCUGUUGUCGUAACCGAGAUGGAGACAACAGAGAGGAAGAGGAUGCGAUCGGAGAAGACGAGGGCAUUUAUGGAAUCUCCGGUUCAUCCUCUGUCAAAAGAUAAAAACAGAGCCCAA